UUUCUUCCUCGCUCAUUUCGAGAUCGAUCGAGAGAGAGAGAGAGCAGAGACUGAGCUGUGACGUAGUCGCAAAGAGAUCCGAUCAACGAAGAGAUGGAGCAAUUCAAGGGCCAACCUCGCCUCCCCAAGUUCGCAUCGCCCAAGCGAUACGACAUACGGCUCAAGCCCGACCUCGCCGCCUGCAAAUUCGCCGGCGCCGUCGCCAUUAACCUCGACAUCGUUGGCGAGACCAAAUUCAUCGUCCUCAAUGCCGCCGACCUGUCAAUUCAGGACGGGACUGUUUCGUUCACCAGCAAAGCGUCCUCCAAGGUGUUUGAGCCUUGUAAAGUUGACUUGGUUGAGGAAGAUGAGAUAUUGGUUUUGGAGUUCCCCGAGUCGCUGCCUACUGGGAGUGGAGUUUUGGCUAUUCGUUUUGACGGGACUCUUAAUGAUAGGAUGAAAGGGUUUUACAGAAGUACUUAUGAGCACAACGGCGAGAAGAAGAAUAUGGCCGUUACUCAGUUUGAGCCAGCUGAUGCUCGGCGAUGCUUUCCUUGUUGGGAUGAGCCUGCUUGCAAGGCAACAUUCAAAAUUACUCUAGAUGUGCCGUCUGAUCUAGUAGCUCUCUCCAACAUGCCAAUUGUUGAUGAAAAGGUGGAAGGACAUGUUAAGACAGUUUUUUAUCAAGAAUCGCCCAUUAUGUCGACAUACUUGGUCGCGGUUGUUGUUGGGUUAUUUGACUACGUGGAAGAUCAUACAUCUGAUGGAGUAAAGGUGCGGGUAUACUGUCAAGUGGGGAAGCAAAAUCAAGGAAAAUUUGCCCUACAUGUUGCUGUCAAGACACUUGAAUUAUACCGAGAAUACUUUGCUGUGCCAUACUCUCUCCCAAAACUGGAUAUGAUUGCUAUCCCAGAUUUUGCUGCUGGUGCCAUGGAAAAUUAUGGUUUAGUUACUUAUCGUGAAACAGCUCUACUCUAUGAUGAGAAGCACUCAGCAGCAUCUAACAAGCAGAGGGUCGCUGUAGUUGUAGCCCAUGAACUGGCUCACCAGUGGUUUGGUAACCUUGUUACCAUGGAGUGGUGGACUCAUCUGUGGCUAAAUGAGGGUUUUGCUACUUGGGUGAGCUAUUUGGCUACUGAUGGCCUGUUUCCUGAGUGGAAAAUAUGGACUCAGUUCCUUGAAGAAUCUACCGAAGGGCUGAGACUGGAUGGGCUUGCUGAGUCCCACCCCAUUGAGGUGGAGAUUAACCAUGCUAGUGAGAUCGAUGAAAUCUUCGAUGCAAUAAGUUAUAGAAAGGGUGCAUCUGUGAUCCGGAUGCUUCAAAGCUAUCUUGGUGCUGAAUGUUUUCAGAAAUCGCUAGCUUCAUACAUAAAGAGGCAUGCUUGCUCAAAUGCAAAGACAGAGGACCUCUGGGCUGCCCUCGAAGAGGGAUCAGGUGAACCUGUGAACAAGUUAAUGAAUUCGUGGACCAAGCAGAAAGGAUACCCUGUGGUUUCCAUCAAAAUCAUAGAUGACAAGUUAGAGUUCGAACAGUCACAAUUUUUAUCAAGCGGUUCCCAUGGGGAUGGACAGUGGAUUGUUCCUGUAACAUUUUGUUGUGGCUCAUACGAUGCUCGCCGAAGUUUUCUGUUGGAAACAAAAUCCACGUCUAUUGAUUUAAAGGAAACAGGGGCUUGGAUAAAAGUUAAUGUGGACCAGGCAGGCUUCUAUAGGGUGAAGUACGACGAAGACCUUCAAGCCAAGUUAAGAUAUGCCAUAGAGAACGAAAUGUUGUCUGCAACAGACAGAUUUGGUAUACUGGAUGAUUCCUUUGCUCUUUGUAUGGCUCGCCAGCAGUCCUUGACUUCUUUGCUCUCUUUAAUGGCUGCUUACAGAGAAGAACUUGAUUAUACUGUGCUAUCGAAUUUGAUAAGUAUAAGUUACAAAGUUGCAAGGAUUGCUGCAGAUGCUACUCCUGAAUUAAUGGAUUACAUUAAACAAUUUUUCAUCGGUCUUUUGCAAUACUCUGCAGAGAAGCUUGGUUGGGAGCCCAAAGAGGGUGAGAGUCAUUUAGAAGCUAUGUUGAGAGGAGCAAUUUUAUCUGCCCUGGCAGAGUUUGGGGAUGAACCCACACUGAAGGAAGCAAGCAGGCGCUUUCAUGCAUUCUUAGAGGACAGGAGCACACCUCUUCUUCCUCCUGACAUCCGAAGGGCAGCCUAUGUGGCUGUGAUGCAAACUGUGAAUGCAUCAAACCGAUCAGGUUUUGAAUCUUUGCUGAGAGUCUACAGAGAGACUGACUUGAGCCAGGAGAAAACCCGCAUUUUAGGUUCAUUGGCCUCUUGUCCAGAUCCUAAUAUCAUCCUUGAAGUGCUCGACUUCAUAUUGUCUCCUGAGGUUCGCAGUCAAGAUGCUGUCUUUGGGCUUGCUGUUUGCAGGGAAGGACGUGAAACUGCUUGGACUUGGCUGAAGGAAAAUUGGGAACACAUUUGGAAAACAUAUGGUUCUGGGUUUCUCGUGACACGGUUUGUUAGUGCAGUUGUCUCACCGUUUGCAUCAUUUGAGAAAGCCAAGGAAGUGGAGGACUUUUUUGCGACCCGGUCGAAGCCUUCUAUUACAAGAACACUGAAGCAGAGCAUUGAGCGGGUGAACAUCAAUGCGCAAUGGGUUCAAAGCAUUCGGAACGAAGAAUAUCUUGCCGAGACGGUGAAGGAGCUGGCAUACAGGAAGUACUAGGAUUCUCUUCUUUUUCUUUUUUUUUAAUGGUUCCAUGCUUAACCGUUUGUCCGCAAAACAUGCCAAGUGCCGUUUCAUCUGUGUCUAUCCCUAACUCACCUCAAUAGUUGCGAAUGCAAUAAACAAGCUCAUCCUUCAAGGAUACGAAUGUUCAAAUCCGUUCUGCCACUGUCCCAAA